CCUGCAGGAAGGUGGGAGUCAAUCACUUUGACAAGUCUGCUGAAAGGAACAGCCAGCAGGAGUUGAAACCUUUUUCCAUUUGGUCUCGUGGCAGAGGCAGAUCACUCCAGCAGCGCCACAAUAUGACGUGCUCACUAUUGCCCUCUGAACAGUCUUCUGGUACCUCUUUUUUGCCUAAAGAUGAUGCCCCAUUUUCUUGGGGUUCCUCAGAUGAAGAUGGAUUGGAUGACUCCUUGUUGGAGUUGUGUGACGGAGAGGAAGAUGAUGGCCAUUUCAGUUUCACAGAGGAGGAGAUUGAGAUGCUCUUGAAAGAUGAUGAUGGUGGGCAUGAUCAGAAUGGAGAGAGAGGGAGUCAAAUUCUACUUGAUACUCCUCAAGAAAAUUCAUUGUACACCUUGGGACCAGCAGCUGAGACCCCUGGCUUCUUUAAACUACCUCAACUAAGUACUUCAGUGGGUCAUGGACCAAGUCCUAGUAAAUCAUUAAACAGACACUUUGUACUGGAAAAGAAUCUUAUAAAAGUAACUGUUGUUGCGCCAUUUAAUCCAACAGUUUGUGAUACUGUGCUUGAUAAGGAUAAGAUUGAUUCCUCCAAAGAUACUGAAAAGCCUGCUUCCCUUGGGGAACAGAGGAGAGAAGAUGAUCAUCAUCCAAAUGAGAGCAAACUUUGCCCUGAACCUGAAGGGGUCAGCCCUAAUAAUACUGCCUGGGAUGGGCCCCCACUUUCUUCUUCAAACAAUAACUUUGAACAAACUGUCUCUGACAAAAAUGUUUCUGAUAGUAAGAAACCUACGCCAAUGUUUUCUCAGAUAUCAGACCAUUCAGAGAUACCUAAUAGGGGACCGUCCUGGAAAAAUGGUGGAUCACAUAAAUCAGGUUGUGAAGGGAGAUGUCCAGUAGUUUCCAGUUCAUCAAACAGACAUGUUUUUGACAAGGAUUCUGGGGAGAUGAAAGGUGAAAGAAGACUAGGCAAAGUCAUCCCUGUUCUACAAACCAAAACCAGGAUGUUUUCACAGUCAGAUCUAGAAAAACAGAAGGACAUUUAUCUCAGCAAAGUCAUUGCUCAUAUAGAAGACCCAGGAGACUCUAACCAAGGUACCUUGGGUGAGCUAGAUACCUUGAUGGAUCAAGUUCAUAUGCAGAACCCAGACUGGCAGCAUCCUUCAGAUCUUACCACACGAAAUUACGCCCGGUUCCGACAAAAACCUCUUCAGAGAUACAGUCUGAGUCAGUGGGUUGACAGAAAUAAGCGAAGCCACCAUCGGUUCCAGCGUCUCCCAGACUUCUCAUACAAGCCAUAUGUUUCAUCCCAUCAGCAGUGAAGGGCCUUUUCCAGGGUCUAGUCUAGAGCAGCAUCUCAUUUCUUCUGCUGUUUUCUUUUCUUUCUUUCUUUCUUUCUUUCUUUCUUUCUUUCUUUCUUGUUUGUUUGUUUGUAUAUUUUGACUUUUAUUUUUCACAGGAUUUUUAUUUAAAGAAUUUGUCACCUUUUGGAAAUGUUUAUUAAGGACUUGAAUUUUUUUUUUUUUUGAGGACCUUCCUGAUUUUGUGUGUCUAUGUAUGUAUGUUUCAGCAAUGUUAAAUAGUGUUUUUCAAUUUUUUAAUUUAAAAUGAAGAUAGCUGCCUCCUGAAGGCAUGUAUUAAGUCAGAAGACCCAAGCUUAAACAAAAUACCAGCUAUAUGCACAGAUGUAGUCUAUUUCUGGUGCCCCAAAGAAGUCGUCUUUUAAUCUACUCUAAGAAAGCGGUUCUUUGGGGGACUAUAAGCCAGUAUUAUUACUGAUGACUUGUGACUGGGUACAAGUCACUUUUAACCCCAUUUUAAAUUUGAGUCUGAGUACUUGUCAGUAUUUUAAAGUUGGCAGUUUAGGACAUUUAAAGUAGGAUGGAGAAGAAAGUCCUGUUGAAAGGGUAGAUUAAAAGCAUAAGUCUUUGUGGCUGGUUAUGGUGGUGCAUGCCUUUAAUUCCAGCACUCUGGAGGCAGAGGCAGGUGGACCUCUGAGUUUGAGGCCAGCCUGGUCUACAUAGUUCCAGGACAGCCAGAGUUACAUAGUGAGACCCUAUUUCAAAACAACCCUCCCUCCAAAAUGUAAAUCCUUGUGGUCAGGCAUAGUGGUCCGCACCUUUAAUCCUAGCACUUGAGAGGCAGGGAGGCAGAGGCUCCUGGUUCUCUGUGAGUUCUAGGCUGGCUAGGGCUACAUACUGAGACCUUGUCUCAAAAUAACAAAGAAAAAAAAAACAAAAAGCCAAAAAAAAAAAAAAAAAGUAAAUCCUCUCCUUUGGACCUAUUAGCUGUUAUUAUUGUUGUUGCUGUUAUUUUUUGCACAUAGCGUUUAUAAGUUUUACAUAUCUUAACUGACAGAAGACUGCUGACUAACGCCUGUUGAAUAUUUUAUGAUCUUGUGAUUGACUGGCUUCUCUGCCCCUUUUUGUUCUAUUUUUUCCCCAACCCCUAGUGACCACUCUACUCUCUGAGGUUCUACAGAAACUUUUGUAUCUCCAGUUAGACUUAGAUACGCCUCUUCAGAAUGGCUGCUUGAAGAGCUGUCCACCAGAAUUUUGACACAAUGACAGGCCAGUGCCAUUGAGCUCUCUGGGCGUUUUUAAUUUCAUCUGCUGAAUUCCAGGUUUGUAUAUUGGUGUUAUUCUAGGAGCCUCCUUCCUGUGGAAGCCUUUGGAGAGGCACUCCAUUGUUGGUCAGCAGGUACCUUUACACCCUGGAUGUUAGCAUCUCAUCUUUUGGUCAGGCUCCAUAGUUUCAUGUUAAUGCUCAAGUGAAUCUAGUGAUUCUGUGAUUGAGCCUGCUGUGCACUAAAGCAUUACCUGAUGUUGAGAUUAGGUUUGGUGUUCUAACCAAAGCUGACAGACUUUAUGUAUGUGGCUUAAUGAAUGUCUUAGGAGGUUUUUGUUUCUUUAUAGACAGCCCGAGACAUCAUUUUGGGAGGUUUUGCAGGGUUUUUGACAUUUGUGCUACUGUUGUUCACUCUCUGUAAAGGUUGUUCAUAGUCACACAGCCUCUGUCUGUUUUUCUUUUAUCAACCCCAUCUUUGUAUGUAGAUAACCCAUCCUAAAUAUCCUGUUCCACCUUGGAAAAGUGACUUAGGAAAAUCUUGGUCAUUCAAGCCUCUGGUGAGUUUGGAUAAAUGGUCCCAGUGUUUACUCGUUUUAUUCAAUCAAGGAUUUUCUUCACUUUUUUGUUUUGUUUUGUCUUGUUUUGAGACAGGGUCUCAUAGAACCUAAGCUGGCCUUCAACUUGCUGUGUAGCCCAGGAUGGUCUUAAACUUCCCUGCCUCUUAGGUGCUAGGAUUAUAGGUGUGUGCCACUGUGCUCUAUUCCUUUAUCAUUUGGUUUAAAUUCUGGGACUAGACUUUCAGAGGUAGUAAUCAGAACCGCUUCUCUUAGUUGGCGUAAUUGCCAUUUACUUCAUUGGUCACUUGUCCAAGAUGCUGUAAAUUAGCUUGAUAGAAUGAGGUAUGCCAAAUAAUCUGUGUUUGGGACCAAAACAAAGUUAAAAUUAAAUGUAGCUGGAGUAGUUAGCAUUGUGACUGUGUAGUUCCACACAGAUAACCCAGGGGGUGAAGGGACAGUGUUUUGCUUAGGCAAAAAUCUGAGACAUUCUUGCUUUCCUGAUACCAGGAGGGUUUAAGUCUGUAUGUGUAAUGGGAGCAUUGCCUUUGCCAAAUCAGAUGAGUGACAGGUUAACUAGAAAAUGUGACAAUCACAUUUCCUCUUAGCUCAGAUAAUUCUGUUUUUCCAAAGCAUUAGCAGCUUAAUUAAAUCUGUUGGACUGGGGGAGGAGAGAACUGUUCUGUAGUGGUUAACAUGGUAUUCUUUAAGGAGAAAAAACAAAGCCAAAGAAAACUCAUUAUCUGGCAUGCUAGCCUUAAAGAUGGUAAUGGGUAGAAUCUGGAGUUUUAAUCUCUUUUCAAAGCUGCAUUAUAUUUGGUGUUGGCCUCUAAAUCUUGUAUUUCAGGUGAAAUUCUUGCUGUAUUUUUAAAUUUGAGUAAAGGUUCUAUGCAUUCGACUGUGUACCUAGCUUUCUUCCAUGAUGACAUUCUCACCACAGGGGUCUUGACAAAGCAGAGUAAAAAUUUGCUAAUUAAAUAGUUAAGGAGCCUGAAAUAACCUUUAGUUUUGCAUCUAAUAUGGGCUCUGAUUUACUUGCAUUUGUUGUCAAGAUCAAUUAUGAAACUGAAGUUUGGUGCCUCCUCUUUAUCAUGUUUUUUCCCUUGUAGCAGUUGUGUUUAAUGUCAUUAAAAGAAAUAAAAGUUCUUGUCAGUG